AUGGACACUCCUUUGUUCAUCAUCAAGAUUGGCGGGGGCUUUUUAACUGAAAAAGUAGGGGAGAACGGUGCCGUGUAUCUUGAUAAAAUUCACUUGUUUUGCAAGGUUCUGUCUUCUUAUAAACAAUCACACCCAACACACCGGUUUAUAUUAGUUCACGGUGCGGGGUCUUUUGGACAUGUUCCCGCUGCCGAAUAUUCGUUAAUGGAAAGAUUUCAUCCAAAAGGCGUUUUACUCUGUGAAAUGGCGAUGCAAAAGCUGAACGAAAUUGUUAUCAACUCUUUGGAACAAGAAAGUCUUCACGUCUUUCCUUUUCAUCCCGUUGACUUUAUCGUGACAACCAAACGACGUAUUUCCGAAUGUUAUCUUCGCCCUCUUGAACUAAUGUUAUCACAAGGUAUUAUCCCUGUUUUACAUGGAGAUGUUGUGACAGACACCGAACAGGGAAGUUGCAUUCUUUCUGCUGAUCAAAUAGUUCCUUUUCUAUCAAAAAAGUUCAAAACGCACCGGGUCGGAUUCAUAUCGCAAAGUCCUGUUUAUGACAACAAAAAGGAAGUGAUACCACUGAUCAAUUUAUCAAAUUACAAUACAAUUAAAAAGUAUUUGGGCGCAUCGGAUGGGGUUGAUGUAACCGGUGGGAUGGCAGGAAAGAUCAAAGAGCUCAUCGAAGCUGCAGAAGAUAAUGAUACAAUCUCUUUUGUCUUCAGUGGUGAUGAAAAAUCAUUGACAAAGUUCUUAGAUGGUGAAGACGUUGGGACCAAGGUGUGCAAAUGA